UAUUUCCCCCAUCAUUCUUUGAUGUCAUGGAGCACUUGCCUAUCCAUCUACCUCGUGAAGCAGCACUAGGCGGUCCAGUUCAGUACCGGUGGAUGUAUCCUUUUGAGCGUUAUAUGUUCCAUUUGAAGAAAAAAGUAAAAAAUCUUAGCAAAGUUGAGGGAUCAAUAGUAGCUCAAAGCAUAAACGAGGAGACUUCUCAUUUUUCGGCCUACUAUUUUGCUCCAAAUGUCCAAACAAAAGCAAGAAAACCAGGUAGGUACGAUGAUGGGGGUGUGCGGCCUUUUUACCAUACAUCUGUCCCAGAUAUCUUUUCUCAAAUCGGGAGACUGAGUGGGAAGAAAAGAGAAGUAUGGUUUACAGAUCAAGAAUUUAAUCACAUUCAUACUUACAUACUCCGGAACUGUGACGAUGUCAUACCAUUCGAGAAGAUCUUUGAUGAUCAAGUGUCUGGAGCGUAUCCAAACAUGACAGAGGCUCGAAAAGAGGAAAUGAAGCAGACACAAUAUGCUAAUUGGUUAAAAUAUUAUAUCAAAUCAGCCGCAAGUAGGCAGGAACACUAUCCAACAUGGUUUGAAGAGUUGGUUGGAGGUCCUCUAUCAAGGGCAAUGGCAUACCCGAUGUAUUGCACUCGAGGCUACGUUUUCAUAAAACGUCCAGGGAUUACUAACAGAAAAACAGUGAAUUAUGGGGUCGUUGUUCGUACAGAUUCGAUAGACUACUAUGGUGAAAUUACUGAUAUAUUAGAGGUUGAAUAUCCGGGAGUCAUAAAUUUGAAAUGUAUACUCUUCAAGUGUGACUGGUAUGAUCCUAGAGUUGGAAGAGGUGUUAGACUUACAAAGUAUGGUGUCACAGAGAUCAACUCGACUAAGCAGUUAAGAAAGUACGAUCCGUUUAUACUUGCAUCUCAGGCAGCACAGGUUUGCUACAUACCAUAUCCACAAGUAGGUGUUCGACAAUAUCCAUGGAUUACGGCUCAUCAAAUAAAUCCAAGAAGCAGAGUUGAUGGGGUGAAAGAAAAGGAACCGCUACAACAAAUUGCAGUAAACGAAAUUACGCAAGUAGAUCAAUCUGUCGGUGACAUUCCCCUCGUUGAUAUUGAGAACAUAGAACUCGAAGAGAUAUGGGAAAAUGCGGAAGACGAAGAGGAUGGAGAAGAGUUUGAAGAUCAAAAUGAUUCUGCUAGUUCAGAUUAUUCUUCCGAUUCUGAGUAAAUCAAAUAUAUCGUCUUUAGUUUUAUA